AUGCCACCGCGAGGAAGAGCGCGUGUUGCUGCUCCCAGCAACCGCGUCUGCCAAAGUCCAGACGAGGACUCAUCCGAUUCUGAGUAUCUUGGUCAUUUUGAGCCCGCGCCUGUCUCUACAAUGUUAUCCGCAGAUCCGCCAAUUCCACGAACUUCAGCCACUAUCAUGCGCUGCAUCACCAUAGAAGGAAUCCCAUACUACUCUGUGGUGAUAAAGCCACUUGACGAUCCAGCUGUAAACUCCACUAGAGCUUCUUCUUCCGCAUCUUCCGCAAGCCGUGCGACAGACAGGCGCAAAAUCACUGAGCCAGUGCUAAGAGAAGGCAUCACGAUGGAUGAAAUCUAUAAUCAUGUUUCUAGAAGAGAGUACGAGCGAUUCGUACAUGUUGAAUGGGAAGCCGCUGAAGAGGCCAGAGCCGUCGCCGAAGCAGCCGAAGAAGAAGCUGAGAAAGCCUGGGACAUGGAAAUCCGCCGUCAGAGGCUAGAAGCCCUGGAGCGUGCUGCGUUGCUGAAAAGUCGGGGACCAGGGCAGAGUCGCGGUCGACCUCGUGGGCGGGGUCGUGGAAGAGGACGCUCCAGAGGAUACGGACCUGCUGGUACCCAACGAGAAACACUGUCCGCCCAGCAAUCUGGAGAGGACACUUCGGAGGAAAUAGACAUGAUUGAAAACACAGCAGAAGAUGUGGAUGUAAUCGCGAGACCUCCACCCAUGCCUAGCACCAGGGGGCAUGGAAUCCGCGGAAGAAGAGGGCGUACGAGAGGAUACGGAGGUGAAAGAUGGCACGCGGGAAUCACAAGGUCCGUUUCUGCACAAAAAUCUGGAGAAGAGUCGCCCGCAGAUAUGACUGAAGAUGGGCGAGAAGAAUCGGUCAUUGACGGAUCGUCACGCCUUCCCUACACAAAUGGUAGAGCCUACGAGAGCUCUGAGUCGGAUACUGCCGCUGCACAGCAACUUAGAAAUGACUUCCAGAUGUCCCAAAUGCGCUCAAGGCGUCUCGUAUCGCCAGAAGUCGUCAUAAUCUCCCCAAAGAGGCCUAUCAAGCGGCAGCGCAUGACGCCAACAGUUGAGGGAACAUCUUUCAGCACGGAUCAAGCUCCCUCUAAUGCGUCUUCCAAGUCGUCUCAGCCCGAACUAUCUGCAAGUUCAAGACUAGGGGUGAACCGUACCUCACUGAAGCCCGUAGCUGGUAGCCUAAGCAAUGGACGGACAACCAUUGUCGAUCUGAUAGGUGACAUCGAAGACGAAGACAGCGACGAUAUCGAUGAUCGCACUCAUCCAAACUUGACUAUUUCGGACAAUGGGGACGUUGAAAUGUUGAAAGCCAAGGAACACGCACCGAAUCCUAUAGUGAAAGGCAACCGGCCAGUGCGGAAGAGGUCCCCUUCACCUGUGAGAAUUGAGCAGAUCAUCGACCAUCUAGACAUGGAUGGAGAAGUGACAUACUGUGCCAGGAUAGUCGGGCACUCGGAAGAUCAGGGUGUGUGGAAGAGCGCGCGAGAAGUCAAGGAUGAAUGUCCGCACUUACUAGCCGCCUACAAGGCUGCCCAUUUAAUGCAAACCGGAAAAUAUCUGAUCGACGAAGAGGAUAGCGACGCGUACGAGGAUCAGGAAUGA